CCCCAGGCUCUAGCUGAGGCUCAGGCUCCUGGGUAAUAAUGCCAUCACGUACCAACCUCUCUGCUGGGAUUCCCAGCAGCAAAGUCAAGUAUUCCAAGCUCUCCAGCACUGAUGAUGGAUAUAUUGACCUUCAGUUCAAGAAGAGCCCACCCAAAAUCCCCUACAAGGCCAUCGCCCUGGCUGUUGUGCUCUUCAUGAUUGGGACCUUCCUCAUCAUCAUUGGAGCUCUGCUCCUGGCAGGAUACAUCAGCAAAGGUGAAACAGACCGUGCCAUCCCUGUGCUGAUCAUUGGCAUCCUGGUGUUCCUCCCAGGCUUCUACCACCUGCGCAUUGCCUACUAUGCCUCCAAGGGCUACCGAGGCUACUCCUACGAUGACAUCCCCGACUUCGACGACUGA